ACUUACUUUACAAGCAUUUAACUCUUAUCUAUCAUUUUCCAGGUCAACAUAUUUCAAGGUACUAAUAACAAUCAAAAUCAAUUAACAUUUAACCAUCGUCUGUUUACCCGGAGGAGUUGGCCACCGUUCACUUCAGUGCUGCGAUAUAAUGUCUGUGAAGCUCGAAAUCGAGGAAAGCCCCAAAGAUACCAUCUCUAGUCCAGCACGCCACAUUACACCUAACGAGCAGAGGAGCAUGAACUUACCAGGAGACAUACUUCUUCAGAUUUGCGAAGAGUUAGCCACUCAACUAGAAUUUGGAGUUCUUUUCAAUUGUGCUAUCUCCGGAAAACAAUUGGUUGGCUCGGCGUUGCAGUGGUUAUAUAGGACACAUAAUGAAUACUUGAGAAUUAUUAGCAGUGAAGGGGAGGCUCCAGAGUGGUCAAAAAUCCAAAAGCGCAAUUCCAAACACAGCGCGGCUUCGAAGUGGGCAAAAUUAUGGCAAUCCAUUGUACGCUCUAGUCUAGGGACUACAGCCUAUCCAUACUGUCUAUACAUACGAUCGCUCGAUCUGACCAAUCUUUCGAAUCUUCUCGAGGAUAGCACCUUCCGAAUUGCUGCGAUGGAUAACUUCUUUGCUGAUGAGAUGGCAGAGUUUCUAAGUGUAGAUGGGACACCCAGAAGACGAUCCAAGAGAGGUCCUCAAGUACGACUCAAUACUACAAAUAUUCUCAACCUGAUAGGAGAAUCUAUCACAAGAUAUGUUAGCGAGCGCGCGGAUGAAAAUCAGACAACAGUUGCUUUAGAGAAUCUUUCAGGGGAUAUUACAUCAGUUGCAUUACCAAUAUGGGCGGGACGCUUAUCAAGGCUGAAAUCCAUGACGAUUUGGGACGGGAAAUCACUGAAUGAGAACGUAGCGACGGUGAUAUCCAAAAGCUGUCCCAACUUUGACGAGAUCCGUAUAUUCGUGUGUUCAGAUGAUACCGAUCGCAAUCCUGCAUCAUUCAUAAAAGGCCUCGGACAGAACAGUCUUCUUUCACUAGAGGUUUUGUCUAACUGCAGGAUUGGUCCUUCUUUUCUGACCGCUUUAAACCAUCAUUCCCAAUCACUGAAAAGCUUGAGGCUACAGAGCCUCAAUUCGGAAGCCAUCAAGAAUCUCAACAUUCUUCAAAGAUGUACUGCGCUUGAGACACUCGAUCUAGAGGAUAGUCAACAUACUGUGGACUUGGAAGCUACAGAGAACGAUGUAUUUCUUGAAGUCAUCGAAUGGCUGGGGCGCUGCGAGAAGCUCCGAGAUCUAGUUCUAAACAGAAUUGUUUGUGCUCCAGCCAUUUUAAAGCAGGUUUGUCUACGAAACGAUAUCCGACUGCAACGGUUGGUAGUCACUGGCCCUUCUCUUGUCAAUGAUACAGAAUUUCAUAGAGCGAUCUCACACCAGACUGAACUCGAGGUCCUUGAACUCCGAGGUGGUUCGGACGAGGUAUUUAGAGUCAGAGAUGAUAUUGAUAACCUUCUCACAUCCAUAUGUCAACUUACUAAGCUCAAGGAACUUACCAUCAUGGAAUCGUUUGAAUAUUUCAGUAGUAACGAAAUCAAACGUCUCGCAACAAGCCUGCCGCUUCUCGAAAAGUUUCACUUUUCAGGUUAUGGUAUUGGAGAUGAGAUCUUGCCUUAUUUAUCAAAAUUACAUAAUUUGCGGGAUGUAUCUAUCGCUGCGAUCUCUAGUUUCACUCUCGAUGGCUUACUGGCCUAUGUUUCGACUUUACGGGACACAAACCAAGGUCUUGUACUUUCAGUCAUGAGUCAGAAUUCCGACCAAGAUCUCGCGCCCUUAGAGUUACAACUCAUCCGGGAGGGAAUGAUCGCGAAAGUAGAUGGAAAGUUUGACUUCGCACUGCUGAGAGAGGUGGCAGAAUCGGAGUUUGAUUCUGCAUCCGAUUAGAUUGUAUGUAUUACCAACAGAUGCGAAGAACGGUGUUUGGGGGCAAGUGGGUUUGGUAGGAUGUCACCAAGGCGCCAAUUGGGUGUUUUGCCUUUACUGCAACAAAGAAUCAAGAGAACAUGCUGCUAAUACGGAAGGUUCAUUUGGGAAUGGCGCAAAGCUUAUGCGGAUUAUUGCUGGCUAUCGCAUAAUCUUUCUCAUAAUAGUCUAUAUAGAUAGCAGAAACGUUUGAGAAGCAUUUACAAUAGCUGCUUUCUCUUCAGCAAUGUCUCUAAUGAACAGAUACUAGAUGUUUGA